AUGUGCCCACUUUCUACCAAGCCAAGAAAAAGACUCUUCCAAGAAAGUACUCAUGGAAAAACAUCUAAAAAACAGAGAAGAGAAACAGCUUUGGUUGCGGCCACUCUGAUUCAUUCCAGUCCUCAUGUGACUAUCUAUGAGGCCCCAGGUGGUGAAAGUAGUCACCCAAAUCAAGAUCAACAUGUAGAUGUUGGUGAGAGAUUGCACAGGGGCAAAUCUUCUAGAAAGCGGUCUCGUACCCUUGCGGACAUUGCUAGCUUCGCUGGAUCAAAUGAGAGUGAAGGGCAUAAAAGCAAAAGACCAAGAAUGGAGGAUUUGGUGUUUGGGUUGAAAAGGAAACAUCAGUGA